AUGUUGAGGAUCCCGGACAACAACAACACCAAUAGAAGGAACAACCUUGAAACUACCAGGAAUCGCAGAGACGACAAUGAAUCUUCCUUGUUCGGUGUCGUUCCCAAUAACACCUCGCCGCCAUUGAUGAAUCUUCGCCCCGACCACGUUGCCGUGGGCUCACCUCUCACCAACAGAGCCCCUUUCACCACCAACAACAACAACAACGCCGCCGCCUCUCGUUUCGACGGUGGCCCUGUCGGCAGUUCUCCUUAUCCAGCUCAGUUUCGCGGCGACCACUGUCUCUGGAUGGACACCGAUCAGGCGUCGGGAUUCCACGUGGCAAACACCACCUUCGGCGCCGACAAAUGGGUCGACGAUCUGGGAGGAGGAGGAAACGCACUGGCGAACAACUUGUCAAGAAUGAGCAUCGUCGAAAACGGAACCACGAAAAGCAGAAGCCCAUACGACGUCGUGGAGGCUUACAGCAACAACAACGCAUGCUCCAUUGAUUCCAAUAACCUCCCUUUCUUCGAUGAAACAGCACCGCCGCCAUUCUGCAACGCCGCUGCUGGGGUUCCCGUAUCGGUGACCCCGGGUUUUGUUCCCAAAGGUUACGCUUUUGAAGCUUCUCCAAUGGCUGCGCAGCAUCAUGAUCACCAUGUGUACCAUCACCAUCAUCACAUCAUGGACCAGAGGAUGAUGAAACAGGCUACAAGCGAUAACAACCUUCAUCAGUUGCAGCAGAAGCCGCAGCAGCAGCCGCCGCCAACACCGGCUUUCGUAAACCCUUACGUUUGUGACCGUUUCGUUGGGUCUCAUCAGCAGCAUUUCGGCGUCGAGUGUGAACCUCCCAAUGGAUGGGGCGGCGGCGUCAAGAACCCCUUCAGAUUCUCUCAGAUAAUGCACCCUAGGCUCCCAGCGAAUGCGCCCAGGGAUAUGGCGGCAAUGGCAGUUGCUGCUGCCGCCGCCGCCGCUAACAGCGGUGAGUUUCCUCAGUGUAUUUCUCCGAUGAGAAAUGGUGGUGACCGUGCUGCCUUUAGAUGCGAUAACAGCGUCAUUAUUCAAGGAAGAGAAAUGGUAAAACCCUGCGUGGAAAGCACUGGUUACGGUGGUUCCGUAAGAGGUUUCAAGAAGGGUCACAGUCAAGGACAGGUUCCAUGCGAUGAGGAUCCAUCGUCGGUGCCAUUGAUGCUGGAUUUCUAUAACCUAGCUGAGGCGCAGGGUUACGUGUACAACAUGGCGAAGGACCAGAACGGUUGCAGGUUUUUGCAGAGGAUGGUUGAAGAAGGCACCUUUGAGGAUGUAAGGGUGGUUUUUGAAGGGAUCGUUGAGAAUGUUGUGGAGCUCAUGAUGGACCCUUUUGGUAACUACCUUGUUCAGAAGCUUCUAGAUGUUUGCAAUGAAGAUCAAAGGUUGCAAAUUGUUCUCAUGCUCACUAAAGAACAAGGCCAGCUUGUCCGAAUCUCCUUGAAUACCCACGGCACGCGCGUGGUGCAGAAGCUGAUUGAGACCCUCAACUCAGCGAAGCAAAUUUCAUUGGUGAAGGGUGCAAUUCAACCAGGUUUCCUUGACCUUAUUAAGGAUCUCAAUGGAAACCAUGUCAUACAACGUUGCUUGCAAUGUCUUAGCUGUCAAGAUAAUGAGUUUAUUUUUGAAGCUGGUGUAAAGUUUUGUGUUGACAUAGCUACUCAUCGACAUGGAUGCUGUGUACUACAACGUUGCAUUGAUUAUUCCGUUGGAAAACAUCGUGAGCGGCUGGUCGCAGAAAUUUGCAAGCAUGGUCUUCUCCUCGCUCAGGAUCCAUUUGGAAACUAUGUUGUUCAGUAUAUUAUAGAGAUAGAGAAUCCAACUGCCUCAACGAAAUUGAUGUCUCAGCUGAAAGGGAAUUUUGUGAACCUGUCUACACAAAAAUUCAGCAGCCAUGUGGUUGAGAAAUGCCUCAAGCAUGUUGCAGAUAGCAGGUCCAGAAUUGUCCGUGAAUUGCUCUCUACACCCCACUUUGAGCAGUUAUUGCAAGACCCUUAUGCCAACUACGUCAUUCAAUCUGCUCUUGCAUAUACCAAGGGUGCACUUCAUGUAUCAUUGGUGGAAGCAGUUAGGCCUUACAAGAUCUUGCGCACUAGUCCAUACUGCAAGAGGAUAUUCUCUGGAAGCCUACUUAAGAAGUGAGCCAUGAUGAUGAUCAUGUUUACCUAUCUGCAGUGAUGACACAAUUAUAUGUUGUUGUUCUCAAAUAAUUCCCCUCUAAUUAGAAGAACUCCUUUCUUGCUGUUCUUGUUUUUCUAUGUUGAUUAGUGUAUUUUGUGUCUGCUAUGUUGCCAAGUGAAUUACCAAGCCUACCCCUCAUCCCUUCUUUGAAGGGUGAUGGAUGCUAUGUGCUUUGGGUGAUUCAGGUCCAUCUUAUCUUGUCUUUGUAUUAUUCUUAUGUUGUCUUAUGUGUUGUCUGUGAUGUGUACGUACGCUUCAUGCUAUGGUCUCUACUGUUGAAGCUGCUUCCUAGGAUCAUGUACAUUUUCUGGAUUUUCUCCUUUUGUUUCUGGAGACUAUGUUGUUUCGACUUU